AUGCGACACAAAAAUGAACGCCUACUUGCAACACAAAAAAAUGAACGCCUUCUUGUGAACCUGAAACGAAUGCGACACAAAAACGAAUGCCUACUUGCGACACAAAAAAAACGAACGCCUUCUUGCGAACAAACACUUUACGACAGCAAACAAGCAAGACGGCACCCAAGACUGCUGCUGACGGACGACCAACCGCAACGGCUUUUGUCGCCCAAGAAAAGACCCCAAACGACUCGCGCGUCUUCUUGUAGUCCUCGGUCGAGUCCAUUAUGGUACUCCAAGAAAGUCUCGUACCAGUCAGUGCGCAAGGUGUGCAGAAAGGUCGGCAACGACACGGCAAGCACACUCGACACGUUCAAUCGACUUUUUGAAUCUCGUUUCUUGCGACAAGUUCGUGCGUGCGCAGACUACUUUUCUGACCACUGCCAAGGCGGGCGGCGCGUGUCCGGCGACAACAAACAGGUGCCUUCGACGGACUUGCGCACUUACCUUCUGAGGCGCAUUACGGGCGUCUGGCUACAACAACACUAUGAAGGCGGCCGGCCCUUCGACGAACUUAGGCAUUCGCCGAUUCAACGGACUUACGCACUUACCUUCUGA